AUGGGUUGUGUGCGGCGGGGAUGGGUCUCCUGUCUUCUGUGGGCACUAUGGCUCCUGGAGUCUUCCAUGGCCCUUCAACCUGCAGAGGUUGUAGAAUCCAAACAGCUCCUGCAGGAAGACAACAAGACAGCGGUCAGUAGCGCGUCAGAUAACCUCCAAAAGUUAACACCCACCGAUCUCCUGAAUUCAGCGUCAGGAUACCAUGUUAGUAGCCACUGGAGUGGUCACCACGGUGGGGGUGGCGGUUACGGCGGCGGUGGACACGGAGGAGGUGGCGGUGGACAUCACGGAAGUGGAGGCGGGGCUUCUCACCACUCUGACCAUCACUCAGGCCACGGUAGUGAAGGUGACAAAGGCUACAAGGGACAUCAUGGCCACGAAAAGGGAUCGAAGGGGUAUCACGACAAAGGAGGUCACAGUGGCCAUUACAGUGAUCACGGAGGCCACAGGAAGGGCCACCACGAUGUAGGGGGUUAUUAUGGAGAGCACCAUCAUGGAGAAGAGGGCGGGAAAGGGCACAAAUAUGGCGAGGGCGGAGGGCACAAGAAAGGACAUAGCAUCAAGGGACAUCACGCAGUUCACAAGAAGGACGAGUACAAGAAGAACCACGAGUUUUACGACGAACACCACGGUGGGGGACACCACAGCAAGCAUGGAGGUCACGAGAGCCACCACGAAAAUAAGGGCGGAGGUCAUCACAAAGCAGGCCAUCACAAGUCAGGAUAUCACGAUGACCAUCACGGGAAGAAGGGCCACUACGGUAAAGACCACUACCAUGAAGGUCACAAGGGCUACAAAGGAUCACAUGGACACGGCAGUCACUAUGGCCACCACGCGGAGCAUGGCAGCAAGGGUGGCUCCUCUGGCGGAUCCAGCCACGGUUACAGCAGCGGCAGCGGCGGUGGGGGUGGACACGGAGGUGGAGGUGGUGGCGGACACGGAGGUGGGGGAUAUGGCGGUGGACAUGGAGGCGGAGGCCAUGGAGGCGGUGGGCACGGAGGUGGAGGCCAUGGAGGCGGUGGGCACGGAGGUGGAGGUGGUGGCGGACACGGAGGUGGGGGAUAUGGCGGUGGACAUGGAGGCGGAGGCCAUGGAGGCGGUGGGCACGGAGGUGGAGGCCAUGGAGGCGGUGGGCACGGAGGUGGAGGUGGUGGAGGCCAUGGAGGUGGGGGAUACGGCGGUGGACACGGAGGCGGAGGCCACGGAGGUGGAGGUGGUGGCUACGGUGGUGGCGGACACGGAGGCGGAAGCCACGGAGGUGGAAGUGGUGGCUACGGUGGCGGUGGACACGGAGGCGGAGGCCAUGGAGGUGGUGGGCAUGGAGGCCACGGCGGUGGACAUGGAAGCGGUGGAUACGGCGGUGGUCACGGUGGUGGUGGUGGUGGUCAUGGAGGCCACGGAGGUGGAGGAUACGGCGGUGGCGGGCAUGGAGGUGGGGGAUACGGAGGUGGACAUGGAGGCCACGGAGGUGGCGGUCAUGGAGGUGGGGGAUACGGAGGCGGAGGCCACGGAGGUGGUGGCUACGGAGGCGGCGGACAUGGUGGUCAUUACGGAGGUGGUCAUGGUGGAAGUUGGCUCGGGCGUGGCCAUCACGGAGGUGGUUUGCACGGAGUUGGAGGAUAUAAAGGACAUGGACAUUGGAGCGGCAGUUAUGGCGGUGGCUAUGGUGGUUAUGGGGUCGGAGGUCACGGGUGA